AUGGAUAUCGACGAUCAAGCCAUUCUUGACUUUUGCAGUGUUACCAAUGCUUCUCCAGAAGUAGCUCAACAGUAUCUUCAGGUUGCAGACGGCAAUGUGGAAACAGCAGUGACCCUCUUUCUUGAAAGUGGCGGACAAACAUCUACGCAACCUUCGACAACCACGAUCGAUUCGUCAUUGUCUCGAUCAGCAGCAGCCGCCGGUGGUGGCAGUGGCAAUGACAGCCCUUCGGAAGGAGUAGGUGUCUCUGACGAAGAACUCGCUCGACAACUUGAACGCCAAGAACGUGAACAAUCCAAUGUACGAGCUCCUAUUGCUCCCAAGCAUGAUAUUCUGACGGGCGGUGGUACUAUGUUUGAUCAUGGUUCAUUAUGGGGUGGUCGAGAAGGUCCCAGUGCGACUCGUCAUUCCAUUUUCAAUCAAGGUGAUUCAUCCAGUGGUAGUCCGGGUCCCGAAUUUCUACGCCAUUUGACCCAACCACCGGUAGCAGCAGCGGCAGCAGCAGCGGCAGCAGGAGGUUCAUCGUCUUCGUCCUCUUCUUCACCUAAUGGCACAUCUCCUAUGAGUGCAAAAGCCAAGCGACUUGCUGAUUUAUUCAGACCACCAUUUGAUAUCAUGUUCAAAGGAGGAUUCGAAGCUGCUCGUGCUACAGCAAGAGAACAAACCAAAUGGCUCAUGGUCAACAUCCAAGAUCCGACUGAAUUCACGUGCCAAAUGUUGAACAGAGAUUUAUGGAGCGAUGAGACAGUGAAAGAGUUUGUGCGUGAAUCAUUUGUAUUCUUGCAGUAUGCAUGUGAAAGUCCGGAAGGCAAAAGAUACUUGACAUACUAUCCCAUCAGCAAAUAUCCACACGUAGCCAUCAUUGAUGCGCGAACAGGCGAACGAGUUCAUACCUGGGAAUCAGUCUUAACACCCACCGAUUUCAUGAUGCAAGUGACUGAGUUUUUGGAGCGUCAUUCUCCUGAAGCAGCAGAAUCAUCAGUGGUCAAAAAGCAACGGAUGUUAAAGAAUAUAUCGGAUAUGAGCGAGGAGGAACAGAUCAAUGCUGCCAUUGCAGCUUCUUUACAAGCAAAAGGAGAGGAUACACAAGAAGAAGCGGAUAAGGAUCAAGAGAAUCAAGAAGAGGAUAUCAAGGAACCCCAAGAAAAGUCUCCUCUGGAUAGUAUACAACCCAUCAAGCGUGAUGAGCCAACCGACCCAGCCAACACAACACGUAUACAAUUACGAACGCCCGACGGCAAACGCAUUGUCAGGAAGUUUUUAAAGACCGACCCAGUACGAUACUUGUUUGAGUUUGUGAAAGCCGAGUUGCCAGAAUCCCAAGAUCGUCCAUUUGAGCUUGUCUUUAAUCGUCAACAGCUUAUCGAGUUGCUAGAUCAGGAGAUUCAGGAAGCUGGUUUAGCCAAUGCUGCUGUCAACUUAUCCUUCCAUGAUUCAUAA